AUGCCAGAUGCAACGACUCACCAUGACCUUAAUCCAAACCACGACUGGGUGUUUCGAACAAAGGUGCAAGUCGAUGACUUACACAGCGGUAAUCAGAUUGGGAGGAUUAUGAUUGGGAAAGUGCCUAGCGAUGUUACAGACUCUGAAAUCGAAGCUAUUCUCAACGAAGUUCCGCUUCCGAUCAAAGAUGCGACGCCGAAGCAGAAUUGUGUGACUUGGACCGUUGCUGCUAUUCAGGCGCUGCAAAAAAGAGGCAUGGCCGAGGCUUUUGAUGUGAACAAAUUCAUGGACGAUGCCCUCGAACUUGCAGACCAGUGGCUCGAAAAUCCGGGGCCUAACAAAUUCCACAACUACACUAAUCGGGCGGCUUAA